AUAAUAAUAAUAAUAAUAAUAAUAAUAAUAAUAAUAAUAAUCAUUUUGAUAGCACUUUUACAUUUGUAUUAUAUUAAUUGUUAUUAUCACGCCCUCGUAUUUGGUUUUGUUAUUCGUGUUUUUGUUUUGUUCCCAGUUACAGCCGGUUCGAUUUUUACCUAUUAGCAAAAACCGUCUGCAUGUCCCUUUCUUUAAAUUAAAUAUGUUAUUAUAAAAAGCUUGUGUUUUUCUUUCUUUCUUUUUUCUUUGUCGUUUUUCUACCCAGGCGCCCUUUCUCUCUCUGAAUCUUUCUCGCUUGCCCCGUCCCUUCUCUUUUUCGUUUUAUUUUAUUUGGGUUUUUCUUGGGCAGAAGGAAGGCGGAGGCAGCACGGGAUAUUGGCGAGACACAAUGGAUAGGAUUUGGGACACCAUGGGCCGUACACUGUACUAUUAACCGCCGCGCCUGGACACUUUUACAAAGAGUGCACGUUUCUUGCUUGUUUGUUUUGUGGAUUUAAUUCUAUGUUUUAUUAAUUCAUUUUUUUAAUGAAAACAAAAAACCCGGCCUUAUAAGCGGUGUCCGUCUUAAGCCGUUUCACUGCGGAUAGAUUGUAACACCUUACAGAACUUCGCCUUUUUCGUGUUUACAUUUUGGUUUUAAAAAAAUAUUUUUAAUAGUCUGUUUUGACUGAAAUGGCUUUCCAGGACCCGAGCCAUUCUUCUGUUUGCGGGAGCUUGUUCGGGGGUCCAGAUCUCGGCCCUAAAUUUUUCUGUAUAGCGGCAAACAACGCUGCCACAGCCGGCUCUUCGACAGGCCUCGGCACAGCAUCGGGAUCGAGUGGCCCCGCCGCCCAGGCUGGCGGUCCUCGUCACCCCGCCGCGCUCGGGGGAGGCCCCGGCGGCGGUGCAACGGCUCCACAGCAACACAAUAAGUUGGCCAGCGAGACCCCGAGUCCGGCUGACAUGGAGCCGGACAGGCCCAUCGGCUACGGUGCUUUUGGGGUCGUUUGGUCGGUGACAGACCCUCGGGACGGGAAGCGUGUGGCUCUGAAGAAGAUGCCCAACGUGUUCCAGAACCUGGUUUCCUGCAAGAGAGUGUUCCGGGAGCUCAAAAUGCUCUGCUUCUUCAAGCACGACAACGUGCUGUCUGCUCUCGAUAUUCUCCAGCCUCCUCAGAUCGACUGCUUCGAAGAAAUCUAUGUGAUCACAGAGCUGAUGCAGAGUGAUCUGCAUAAGGUGAUUGUCUCUCCUCAGCCCCUCAGCACCGACCACAUCAAAGUGUUUCUCUACCAGAUACUGCGUGGGUUGAAGUAUUUGCACUCCGCUGGGAUUCUGCACAGAGACAUCAAACCAGGAAACCUGCUGGUCAACAGCAACUGUGUGCUCAAGAUCUGUGAUUUCGGGCUGGCUCGUGUGGAGGAGCUGGAUGAGUCUCGUCACAUGACCCAGGAGGUGGUGACUCAGUAUUACCGGGCCCCCGAGAUCCUAACCGGCAGCCGGCACUACAGCAGUGCCAUCGACGUGUGGUCUGUGGGCUGCAUCUUUGCUGAGCUGUUGGGGAGGAGGAUCCUGUUCCAGGCACAGAGUCCCAUACAGCAGUUGGAUCUGAUCACAGACCUCUUGGGGACCCCACCUCUCUCCGCCAUGCUGUCCGCCUGCGAGGGGGCGAGGGCACACAUACUGAGGGGACCACACAAACCGCCCUCCCUCUCAGUUCUCUACAUGCUGUCAGACGGAGCUACCCACGAGGCCGUUCACCUGCUGUGCAGAAUGCUUGUCUUCGAUCCGUGUAAGCGUAUCUCUGGUCGUGAUGCUCUAUCUCAUCCCUACCUCGAUGAGGGUCGGCUUCGCUAUCACACCUGCAUGUGCCGCUGCUGCUUCACCGUGGCUUCGGGACGAGUCUACACCCGCGACUUUGAACCCGUGGCCAGCGGCCGCUUCGAUGACCAGUACGAGAAGACGCUGACGUCUGUCUGGCAGGUCAAAGAACUGAUUCAUCGUUUCAUCACAGAACACCAGCAGGGUAAACGAGUGCCUCUCUGUAUUAACCCCCAGAGCGCAGCCUUCAAAACAUUCAUCAGGUCGACAGCCUGGCAUUCGUCAAAAGUUUCCAAGAAGGAGGAAAGAUGAACAAGAUAAUAACGCAAAGGAGGAGAAGAGAUGGAUGGAGUGAAUAGGAGGGGCAACAAAAGCAACAAAAAAAGAUGAAAUGGUCAGAUUGAAAAAAAAGAACUGAAGAAAAUACUUGCAUUGAAAUUAAUAAUAAUAAUAAUUGCUGCUGAAACAGACAGAAGGAAGAUGAAAAAGAAGAAUGGAUUGAUUUUCUGCAAAUAAAAGGGGAGACAAAACCGGAAAGAUCGGAGCUGCCUGGAUUUCGCAGAAACCACAGAAAAAAAUGACUCCCGUUUGCAUAGUGGUCUGAUCCAUUCCUGGUUUCGCUGAGUUUAAUAAGACACACCUGAGCUUGUUACCUAGACACACUGGGGCUGAUCAAGCUGGUAGUAAAACCUGGAAUGGGUGGAACUGCUAUGCACAGGAGUCUUAUUUCACUCUUGAUAAAUCUUCCUUCUAUUAAAGAAUACUUUUAGGGUGAAGCAAAUGUGAAAAUAUUGGGACUUCACUACAGAGAACUUUCCGGUGGUUUACAAGUGAAUUUACCUUCGAUAGGAAUUGCUGCUUGAAAUCCUCCUACUUUUAAUGAAAUACUUGAAAAUAGUUUGAAACACUGGAGAGAGAAGUUGUGUACUGUGAGGCUGGGGUGUGCUGUGUCUGUACGGUGAGGCUGGGGUGUGCUGUGUCUGUACGGUGAGGCUGGGGUGUGCUGUGUCUGUACGGUGAGGCUGGGGUGUGCUGUGUCUGUACGGUGAGGCUCGGGUGUGCUGUGUCUGUGCGGUGAGGCUCGGGUGUGCUGUGUCUGUGCGGUGAGGCUGGGGUGUGCUGUGUCUGUACGGUGAGGCUCGGGUGUGCUGUGUCUGUACGGUGAGGCUGGGGUGUGCUGUGUCUGUACGGUGAGGCUCGGGUGUGCUGUGUCUGUACGGUGAGGCUGGGGUCUGUACGGUGAGGCUGGGGUGUGCUGUGUCUGUACGGUGAGGCUCGGGUGUGCUGUGUCUGUACGGUGAGGCUGGGGUCUGCUGUGUCUACGGUGAGGCUGGGGUGUGCUGUGUCUGUACGGUGAGGCUGGGGUGUGCUGUGUCUAUGGUGAGGCUGGGGUGUGCUGUGUCUACGAGUUUUAGAAUAUAUUGUGUGUUAUCUCUUUUAAAAAGACUCAAAUAGGGUACUGUCUUGUUUUAGAAGAUUCUAACAGCAUAUAGCUUCAAAUGUCAUUUUAAUUUAAUUCUUGUUUUACAUUUUAAAUACUGUUUUAUUUAUAGACAGAGUAGGUAAGGCUAGCAUAGUUGAAAGGUCACACUGUCACAUGAUUAAGGAAGGCUGUUUACCGCCCAUCAGUUAGAAUUCUCCAGACAAGCUUCUGAACUCCAAUAUUGGAGCAGAAACAGAACCCAGAACCGCUCACAAUGAUUGAAGCAGAACACCAGCAAACAGGACAGGAGGGGGACUGGAAAAAAUUACAAAUAAAAUAACAGUUUAAGUCUUUUUAAUUUAAAGGACAAGUAGCUUUAUGAAUGAAUUACAAUUGUAUUUAUUUUAACCCCCUUCCAUCUCACUACUUCAUAACCUCUGAGUGAAUGAAGAACCUGUGUUUGCUUUCUGGUUUUUGAGAAAUUAUAAACUUGACCUUUCACCUCGGCCGACCCUGACAGUUUAGUGUUGGAAGUCUAUGAGCAGGGGUGGGGCCAACAGAGUUGAAAGUGCAGGGCGAUCAUGUGAUUUCUCUAGAACCAGGAAGCAGAGACACAGGAUUGAGGGAGUGAGAGAGAAAAAGAUCACAAAACAUAAAGGGUUCAAAUAUAUAUAGUAGAAUGGCAUUGGUAGCUAUAUGUGGUGUAUUUUUUUAUUUUUUUUAUUGUGGUUAAUUUUUGUUAACCCUCAAGUGAUACAUGCUGUUCAGGCUAAAUACAGCUCUGGCCAAACGUGUUGCAUCACCCAGUAGAAUGAACCGCUUUUGCUAAACUCAAAUGAAACCUGCUGAAUAAUGUUAACAUAUUGAAUUACACACCACUUUGUAGUUUUACAUAUACUUAACGAAAAAGUCUGAAAAAUGACAUUUUGAAAUCUAACAUGAAAUACUGUACUACUAGUAUGGAUUACUGUUGACAUUUGCAAUAUCAUUUUUUUGUUUUUGACAUGUUCAUGUAAUUGUUUUUUUAUAAUUUUGUUUCUCAAUCCUGAAAUUCUAGGUGAUGCAAAACAUUUUUCCCAUAGCUGUAUAUUGUUUUAUUUCAUAAUUUUAUUGUAUUUUUUUUCAAAUCAUUAUUUUUAUUAUUGCUAAUGUUGCUUUCUGACUCUUCUGUUAAUACACCUUUCCUGGAGAGACAGAACCCAGCUUAUAAGAGCAUGCUAAAGAAUAAUAAUAAUAAAAUGAAAAUAAAACAUACCUACCUGAAGUAGCAUUUAGGGCCACAGUAAAGGGGGGGGGGGGGGCAGUUUCACAAAGCCCUGCUAGCAACUAUCUUAUUUCUACCUGUUUAAAGAAACAGUAUUUAAGAUAGAACGAUGACAUUUAGUAGCAAUCCACUCAGCAAGUCUAUAUGAUUAAAGGAUGCUUGUGUCAUUUUCUUUAGUUUAUUUUUAUUUAAUGGAAGUGAAUUGGAUUGAACAGACUCCUACCAAGAACUGCUUUGUGAAACUAGUCCUGGUUAAUGUAUAGCAAACUAUUUAUAAAAUGUUAAAAGUGCUGAUCUCCUUUUCGUAAAAUGCCUUCGAACAGAUUUUAAAAUCUGUUUCAGUGAUGUGAUUGACCUCAUUAAGAAUUGUGUUAACAAACAUUCACACGCCAAAGGAGAUAACCCACACCCCCCGGGGUAACCUGUGAACUUAAAAAGGGGGAACCAGAGAUAAUGUUACUAAUAAGAGGUGAGAAUGGAUUUUAAAGAUGGUCAGCGCUCCUUUAAAGGGAGGGCCAGUGAUCAUGAUGUUAACAAAGCUAAUAAGAGGUAAGAUAAUGGAUUUUAAAGAAGCUUUGGUUGUGACGUCUUUAAUUUCAGUUGUUGGGAAGACAGAUCUUCUGUAAAUAACUUUUGACGUGUGUGUUUUAUUUUUGUCUUACAAUUUUUUAUUUUUUUUUGUUUUGCAUAGUCUACCUCGGAUCCUUAAACACAUUUUGUUUGUUUGUACUCCCCCCCUUCUCUCUUUUUCUCCUCCCUCUCUUUCUCUUUGUCUGUCUCUUAAUUGUGGUUAAUCUUAUACUGUGAAUAAGAAAAAAAAAGUCAAAACUUGAAAAAAAAAUUGAAUUGUAUUUUAAUUUCUUUUGUUGUGUGUGUGUGUUUUUUUUAUUCUUUGAUUAUGAAUACAAUAAAUUAUGCUGUUUUAAAGUAA